UCUGAAGAGAAUGGAGGAGAGGAGGAAGGAAGGAGGAUGAUGGGAGCGUAUCUUAGCCCCUUUAAGUGACCCAUAUCUUACAGUAGACCGACAUAUUAUCUCCGGCUAGUUCUUGCUCUUGAGGAUUUUUCACCAUCAGGAUGUCGGCGUCGGCAAUAUUUAUCCUCGACCUGAAGGGAAAGGUGCUGAUCUGCCGUAACUACAUGGGGAACAUGGACAUGAAUGAGAUUGACCACUUCAUGCCCAUCCUGAUGAAGAGAGAAGAGGAGGCUGAGAUGACGCCUCUGGUCACCCAUGGAUCCUCGCACUUCCUGUGGAUCAAACACAGCAACCUUUACUUGGUGGCGAUGACAAAGAAAAAUGCCAACGCUUCCCUGGUGUACUCCUUUCUUUAUAAAAUUGUACAGGUAUUUAAGGAGUACUUUAAAGAGGUUGAGGAGGAGAGUAUUCGUGACAAUUUUGUGACGGUGUACGAGCUGAUGGACGAAGUGAUGGACUUUGGUUUCCCUCAGACAACUGACAGCAAGAUCCUACAAGAGUACAUCACCCAGCAUGGUCAUAAAUUAGAAAUCGGAGCUCCUCGACCUCCAGCCACCGUCACUAAUGCCGUGUCCUGGCGGUUGGAGGGCAUCAAGUACAGGAAGAACGAAGUGUUCAUGGACGUCAUUGAGUCAGUGAAUCUACUGGUGAGCGCCAAUGGCAGCGUCCUGCAGAGUGAAAUAGUGGGUACCAUCAAGCUCAAAGUAGUGCUGUCGGGGAUGCCUGAACUCAGACUGGGACUCAAUGACAAAGUGCUGUUUGAUAUAACAGGCAGAGAAAAGAGUAAAGCAGUGGAGCUGGAGGAUGUGAAGUUUCAUCAGUGUGUCCGUCUGUCACGCUUCGAGAACGACCGCACCAUUUCUUUCAUCCCCCCCGACGGCGAGAGCGAGCUCAUGUCCUACCGCCUCAACGCCACAGUGAAGCCUCUCAUAUGGAUCGAGAGCGUGAUUGAGAAGUUCUCUCACAGCCGUGUGGAGAUCAAGGUGAAGGCUCGGAGUCAGUUUAAAAGCCGGUCCACUGCCAAUAAUGUGUCCAUUCUGGUGCCGGUGCCCAGUGAUGCUGACUCACCCAAGUUCAAGACCAGCACAGGCAGCGCCAAGUGGGUGCCUGAGAAGAACGUGGUGCAGUGGAACAUCAAGUCUUUCCCUGGUGGUAAGGAGUACAUGAUGCGGGCUCACUUUGGGCUACCCAGUGUGGACAAUGAUGAGCUGGAAGCAAAGAGACCAAUCACAGUUAACUUUGAGAUCCCCUAUUUCACUGUGUCUGGGAUUCAGGUACGUUACCUUAAGAUCAUAGAGAAGAGCGGUUACCAUGCAUUACCAUGGGUGCGCUACAUUACACAAAGUGGAGAUUACCAGCUCCGGACAAACUAAAGGGCACAGAUGCUGCUAGACGAAUGGAUAUUUUCUUUCUCUGUCUGUCUUCCUCUCUCCUCUCCUCUCCUCUGUUUCUUUGGCUCCCCGUCUACAAUGGACAGCAGAGGUCAAGCACAGGAGGAUAGAUGAAAUAGUUCCCUACACUGAACGGAAACAACACAUCAUCACUUCCUCUAAGACUUUCUCAACUCGGACGGGAAAGGCUGAUGCAUCACCUUUGACCUGAGACUUUUUUAAGGGCUCCUCAGGACUCCAGCAAAACGUUUUAAUACAUUAACAAUGAACUGAUCACUUUGUGACACCAUCUGGUUCCGGCAAGCUAUAAUUUCCUCGUGUUUAAUGUGAUGUCCUCCAAGGUUAAUUUUGAGCUUGAUUAUGGAGGAAAAUACACUUUGAAGCAUGUUUUUCUUAUUUUGAAAUAUUAGAAUGAUCUUUUUUGGGGUACAUGGCUUGUCCAAUGAAAUGUAUAUCCUUUACUGUAUAACAUGCAAACCGAAAGAUUGUGUUGUGCCAGCAUACAGUUACUGUGAUGGGUCAUUGUAGAUUUUAUUUUUCUGAAUCAUAAGUGUGCCAUGCACUCAGUUAGAUUUUAUUAUUUUCUGUAGGGAAAGUUUUUGCUCCAUGCUGGAUUCAAACCACUCCACCACAUCAUAGCACAUUGGUCAGCAUCUUUACUGCAAGGGUUUUUAUUCUUCGUAUGUUUUGUCCUUAAUAACCACUUUACGAUCCAUAUACAGUACAUUUUUAACUCUGUUGUUAAUCUUCAUCCCUCUCAAAGGCAUAUGUUUUGCAAGAACCUUUAUAUUAUAUAUUCAUUGCCUUAAAAAUUGCCUAUGUAUCAAAUGUCUUUAGUGCUGUGAACAUAAUCCCCAGUGCACUGAAACUAACACCAGCGACCAGAUCAAUGAUUAAUAAGACACAAUUUUGUCAGAGGCAUUGGCAGUGUAACAUAAUACCGUCGACGUGCUCUCAUAAGGCCUGUAACCUUGUCCUUGUGCUCAAAAUCAGCUUACAGAGACUGAAGUAAUGAACAUGGUGCAGAAUUUUCUGUCAUAUUUCUAUCUGUUGUUUAUAUUGUUCUAGGCAAAUCAGGGUUGAGGAGAGGGGGGCAGGACAAAGGUAUAAUAACCUGCAGGGAUUCUGAAAAUAUUGACAAUAUGUUGACCUAAUUUGAGCUAAUGUUUUUCCACGACUCUUUUUUUUAUGUAUGUUGACCUCUGCAGGCCCAUACACUUCUUCAGAGCAGUUUGUGGUGUGAUUCACUUUCUGCGUUGUGCAUGCAUUGCACCACAUCAGUUCAGCUGCACUGCCAACAGCAAAGUCCUGUGUUCAGGUAUUGCAUUUCUGCUGUGAAGCACAAAACCUUCCAUCACAAUCUUUGUUUUAUUAUCUUAUCUUAUAUCUCGUGUGGAGACUUGCAUUUUCAUUAAUUUAUCAACUACAAUUUGUCGAUAGGAAACAAAGGGAUAUAUUUGGAAAAUAAACUUUUUUUCGUAUGUUG